AUCACAAGGCUUCGUGUCAUCGAAGCCCUCACCACAAAAGCUUUCGACAUGCUCAUCUACCGCCCCGUCUUCAUCACCCCCGCUAUCCUCAAAUCCUACGUCGAACUGCAAUGCCUCCUACAACGUCCAGAGUCCUUCCCCGCCGUCUUCACGCUAUACCGCGAGAAGCCUGUACCGCGCCCAUCAAAGUCUGGUGUCAUUGCUUUUGAUGAGACCAACCCUAACAAAGUGUCUGCCUCCGUGCCUCCAGCAGUGGCUGACUUGGCCAUCGAUGCUGCAAUUGAGAGCCGCGAUCUGAGCCUCGCCCUAGGCACUAUUGACGCAACAUAUUGCACAACUGCCUACAAGCGUUCCAAGUUUUUGCGCAGUGCUCUUUUCCCUUUGACUGGUUUCUUGUUGACACCGCCUGCUGCUUACACGCUCGCAACCCGUUUCAGUGACUAUCAGAGCACUAUGGAUCCUGCAAUGGCUACGAAUAUCGCCAUGGCUGGCAUCAUGACGUAUACCAUGGCUGUUGGCACUGUUGGUUAUGUUGCUCUGACCACAGCCAACGACCAAAUGGUUAGAGUCACCUGGUCCAUGGGUGUACCGUUGUGGGAACGCUGGGUUCGUGAAGAGGAGCGCGGUGCCAUCGACAAGAUUUCACAAGCUUGGGGUUUCGCUAGCAAAGACAAAUGGGGAGAGGAAGAAGGCGAGGAAUGGGAUUAUCUCAAGGAGUUCUGUGGCCUCCGUGGCAUGAUGUUGGAUCGUGUAGAAUUGAUGGAUGGCAUGGAGUAG